GGUCGGUGGUGUUCUCUUGAGUUCGAGUUUGAGUUUGUGAAUGGUAUCCCUUUAAAAAAGUAUGUAUUUUGCAUCUGCGCGGUUAGUUAUAAACGUCCUGUUCGAUUUUGUAGUUAAUAUGUAAGCAUGAAAACAGACUCAAACUCCAAAAGGAAAUCAUCAAGCCAGUAAUAGGCAUGUACAUAAUAAACAGAUACCAUGGUAUAAGUAUAAACACAACAUUUAUUCGAUUUCUUUUAAGAAAAAAUUAAAGGGACACGUAUAGUAAUUGUGAAACCGAGGACGGCGCCGAACCAUAUUGACUUCUCCCCUCUUCUUCAAUGCCUAUAUAUACUUCGUACUUUCCUUUACGUACCAUACGACCUUUGUUUCUCUCUUUCUCAUAAUUUCCUUUAAACUGUCAGAUUAGCUCAUAAUAAUUGAUAAAAGCAGAUUGACCAACUUCUUGUGAUUAAUCAUUAAUCAUCAAAAACAUCAAAUGGGACGAUCACCUUGUUGCGAGAAGAACGGACUCAAGAAAGGGCCAUGGACUUCAGAGGAAGACCAGAAGCUUAUCGAGUAUAUCCAGAAACAUGGAUAUGGUAACUGGAGAACCCUCCCCAAUAAUGCUGGUUUGCAGAGAUGUGGCAAGAGUUGCCGAUUACGGUGGACUAACUAUCUCCGACCAGAUAUAAAGCGAGGAAGAUUCUCCUUCGAAGAAGAAGAAACAAUUAUUAAGCUUCAUAGUUUCUUAGGAAACAAAUGGUCUGCGAUUGCGGCACGUUUGCCCGGAAGAACUGAUAACGAGAUCAAGAACUUUUGGAACACACAUAUAAGAAAGAAGUUGAUUAGAAUGGGAAUCGAUCCUGUGACUCACAGUCCGCGACUCGAUCUCCUCGACAUCUCAACCAUCUUAGCAUCAUCUCUAUACAAUUCCUCUUCACAUGAAUCACAUCAUGUUAACAUGUCAACACUCAUGAUGGAUGCUCAUCGUCAGCAGCAACAAUAUCCAUUGGUUAACCCCGAAAUACUCAAGCUCGCUACUUCUCUCUUCUCUCAAAACCAAACCCAAAACUACAUGGUGGAUCAUGACUCGAGCACCCACGAGAACCAUACGGGUUAUCAUAAUGACGUUAACCAAACCGGAGUAAAUCAAUACCAAACCGACCAUCAAGAACUCCAGUCUUGCUUGCCCCCAUUCCCCAAUGAAGCUCAGUUUAAUAACAUGGACCAUCGGUUCAAUGGUUUCGGAGAACAUACUCUCGUUUCAACCUCGAAUACGUUGGUCCAAGAUUGCAAUAUUCCAACGUUUAACGAUUAUGAAAGCUCUAGUUUUGUACUAGAUCCUUCUUAUUCAGAUCAAAGUUUCAACUUCACUAAUUCGGUCUUGAACACACCAUCCUCAAGCCCCACUACGUUAAACUCAUGCUCCACAACUUACAUCAACAGUACCAGUUGCACCACUGAGGAUGAAAUGGAAAGCUAUUGCAAUAAUCUCAUGAAGUUUGAUAUUCCAGAUUUUUUGGACAUUUGUGGUGUUAUCAUAUGAAUUCAAGAAACAAAAUAAAUUCAUUGUUGGAUCGUUUUUAUUUUACUUUUAAAAUUUUAAGACUUGUUUUUGUGUAUUUGCAUUUGUUUACAUGUAAAAUAUCAUUGUUUUCUUGUUUUUACUUAAGGGUUUAUUACUACUAUUUUUAGUAAUGGAGUUUUCAUUAUUGAUAUCCACUUUAUAUUUAAAUAUUUAUAUUUGGACGGCUUUA